AUGGCAAUCACACGUAAAACCCACCCACUAGCAAAAAUUAUCAAUAGCGCAUUCAUUGACCUCCCAGCCCCAUCAAACAUCUCAUCAUGAUGAAACAUAGGCUCACUCCUGGGGAUAUGCCUGAUGUCACAAAUUAUUACAGGCCUGUUCCUAGCAAUACACUAUGUCUCAGAUAUUAGCUCCGCCUUCUCUUCAGUCGCCCAUAUUUGCCGUGACGUUAAUUACGGAUGACUUAUCCGAAAUUUUCACGCAAACGGCGCAUCUCUAUUUUUUAUUUGCAUUUACCUUCAUAUCGCACGUGGAUUAUACUACGGAUCCUACCUAUACAUAGAAACCUGAAACAUUGGAGUAAUUUUACUCCUUCUUACUAUAAUAACUGCAUUCGUAGGCUAUGUUCUUCCCUGAGGACAAAUAUCCUUUUGAGGCGCCACUGUUAUUACCAACCUUCUAUCCGCCAUCCCAUAUAUUGGAGACACAUUAGUACAAUGAAUCUGAGGAGGAUUUUCCGUAGAUAAACCCACUCUUACCCGAUUUUUCGCCUUCCAUUUUAUCCUGCCAUUCGCAAUUGCAGCCGCAUCACUUGUUCAUAUUGUCUUUCUCCACGAAACAGGCUCAAACAACCCAAUAGGAAUCAACUCCAACGCUGACAAAAUCCCAUUUCAUCCCUAUUAUACCUUUAAAGACCUUCUAGGUUUCAUUAUUUUAUUACUAAUUAUUAUCUCAUUAGCACUACUCUCACCAAACUUAUUAAAUGACCCUGAAAACUUUACUCCUGCCAACCCAUUAGUCACACCUCCACACAUUAAACCAGAAUGAUACUUCUUAUUCGCCUAUGCAAUCCUGCGCUCUAUUCCAAACAAACUAGGCGGAGUAUUAGCCCUACUUUUCUCAAUUAUUAUCCUAAUGCUUGUACCCUUUCUUCACACGUCAAAAAUCCGCAGCGCCACAUUUCGCCCCUUAUUCAAAAUUACUCUCUGAAUCCUUGCAGCUGAUGUCCUUAUUUUAACUUGAAUUGGAGGACAGCCCGUAGAAGACCCCUACAUUACAAUUGGCCAAGUAGCCUCAAUUCUCUACUUCUUAAUCUUCCUAGUAUUUAUACCUAUAUCCGGCUGAAUCGAAAACAAAAUACUCAACCGCAACU